UAUUUGUGGAAUUGGGAUGGAUAAGUUGGUUAAAGCCUUAAAGGACCGUUGAGAACAACACCGCAAAUAACAGACUCAAAAAGCUUUGAACUUUGAAGAGACCAGACAAGAGUCUCUAAUCUCUAAUGGCGUCAAUGGCCUUUGGUCUUUCCUUAGCUACAUUAUCUUCUACCAACCUUUUACAAUCUCACAAAAAGACCACCUCCAUUUCCAACCUCAAAUCCCAUCAAAGCACCUUACCAUCUUCUCUAUUGGGCACAAAAGUUCUCAUUAGCAAAACACAGAGACCAAUAAUAAGAACAUGUCAUUCUCAGGUCACUUGUUCAGUUGCUUCUUCUUCUUCGACUCUCCCAUCGGCUCUUCUAUUUGACUGUGAUGGCGUUCUUGUCGACACGGAGAAAGAUGGGCACCGCAUUUCUUUCAAUGAAACUUUCAAAGAGGUAACAUUUGGAGCUGUGAGAAAUUCAUUCAAUUCUACAAUUGGGUUUCCUAGUUUUGCUUGUGACUUAGACGAAUUGAUUGAUGAACAGAAAGAAUUGGGUGUUACUUGGGAUGUAGAUUUGUAUGGCGAAUUGCUCAAGAUUGGAGGUGGAAAAGAAAGGAUGACUGCCUAUUUUAACAAGACGGGUUGGCCGGAAAAAGCUCCAAAGAGCGAGGAAGAGAGAAAAGCAUUCAUAGCUUCACUGCACAAGCGAAAGACUGAAUUGUUCAUGGCCCUCAUUGAGAAGAAGUUGCUGCCUCUUCGUCCGGGAGUUGCAAAGUUGAUAGACCAGGCUUUAGCAGAAGGAGUUAAAGUUGCUGUGUGCAGCACUUCCAAUGAGAAGGCGGUAUCUGCAAUAGUUUCUUUCUUGCUGGGACCAGAGCGGGCAGAGAAAAUCCAGAUAUUUGCAGGAGAUGUGGUUCCCCGAAAGAAGCCUGAUCCAGCCAUCUAUGUAUUGGCGGCUAACACGCUCAAUGUUGAUCCUUCAAGUUGUGUUGUGGUAGAGGACAGUGGCAUAGGCCUUGCAGCUGCCAAAGCUGCUGGAAUGAAGUGUAUAGUAACCAAGAGCGGAUACACAGCCGAUGAAGACUUUCAGAAUGCAGAUGCUGUCUUUGACUUCAUAGGAGAUCCCCCAGAGGAGCGGUUCGACUUGGCAUUCUGCAGAAGCCUUCUCAAGCAGUAUGUGAGCUAGCCCAUAUCGUUCACAGUAAUCAUUCCUAUGGGCUAAAUUUCACGUGACGCCCCUCUUCCUUCUUAAAUUCCUUGUGAUGGUGAUUCGGCUUAGAUAUAUAACAAAGCCAUUAUGUACUCGAUCAGUAGUAGUUCUGAUGUAGAUAUUCUGAAUAAAGCACAAACUGCCUUUUUCUCAGGCAGCUCUAUUAUAAGGAGAUUCAUACUUUAUCAAUAUAUCAAGAACUUUAAACAGUA